AUGUCUCAUGGAGCGAAAUGCAUUUGUCAAAUUUGUACAUGCGGGCGACACAAGUGUCCCCAUGACCGGAAUGCAAGCAGUUUUCAACUUGGAGACGGAAAAUCUCAUUUGACUCAAGAGAAGACCAUAACCCAGUCUGCAUUUGAGUCAUCAAGCUAUCAAAAAUCUCAAAGAGCCACACCCAACCGUCAUCAUUCCACAAUUUCAUCACUAUUCACUGAAGAAAACAGCGCCGGAACUGCAGGAAUUCAAACAAGAACUAUAAAAUCGGCAGAAUACAAAGCCACACGUCAGAAUGGUGAACAACAUGUAAUUGAAAAAAGAGAAUCACAAAGAGAAACAACUCAAUUACCACCAAUUCACCAAACAGAAAAUGUGCGAGCUUCUCAUUCUGCAGGAAAAGAAAGAAACAGUCGUACCUCUAUCCAACAAGCACUACAACAAACAGAAGAGAGAUCGAGCUCCGCAGGAUCAGCCAUAACGUCAUCUGCUGACAAAUCGAGAACAGUUCAAUCCGGUGCCAGAAAAACGGUUUCAAUUAACGAGCAAAGCAGUGGUUACAACAAAACAUAUCGAAAUUCUAGUCAAAUUUUUGAAGCGAGAAGACUGCACCAGCAGGCUGAAUCAACUGAUAGCAACAGUGGACGAACUACUGAUAGCAGAGAAGGACAUGGCUCGACCAGCAGAGAACCGGCAGACCACAACACACGACUCACCGGUUUGCAGAAGAGCGAUAAACAGUCCAGUCAAAAACAGUCGCAUUCUGUUCAAAUCACAACACCUGGAAGGCAAAACAGCGAUUCCCACAAUACUGUUAGCAAAGGAAUAAUUCAAGGAAACACGAACUCCGUGAUCGAUGAAAAAGCGAAAAAUUUACCGCACAUAGCCGGAGUCAGGACAACAAGAACUGAGUUAACUAGUCAUCGAAUUUUGCAAGGUGCUGCCCAUUCUAAUCUCAACAGAACACAAAACCAAGAAGAUUUCAUAUAUCGACCCGGCGACUCCCCCCGAAUCCACAAACAACAUGUGGGAAAUACUAUAACAAACAGAACUAUCUUGCAAGGAGAUAGUAAACAGUUCGAGGCAAGAACGCAGAACCAAGAAGAUUUCACUCACAUCAGUGGAGAACGUUACGCCAAGAAGGUACCAGCUGACAACAAAAUCUUGCAAGGAGAUGGUCAACAGUUCGAAGCUAGAACGCAGAAUCAAGAAGAUUUCACUCACAUCAGUGGAGAACGUUACGCCAAGAAGGUGCCUGCUGACAACAAAAUCUUGCAAGGAGAUGGUCAACAGUUCGAAGCUAGAACGCAGAAUCAAGAAGAUUUCACUCACAUCAGUGGAGAACGUUACGCCAAGAAGGUGCCUGCUGACAACAAAAUCUUGCAAGGAGAUGGUCAACAGUUCGAAGCUAGAACGCAGAAUCAAGAAGAUUUCACUCACAUCAGUGGAGAACGUUACGCCAAGAAGGUGCCUGCUGACAACAAAAUCUUGCAAGGAGACGGUCAACAGUUCGAGGCAAGAACCCAGAACCAAGAAGAUUUCACACUUGUGAGCGGAGAACGUUACGCCAAGAAAGUGCCAGCUGACAACAAAAUCUUGCAAGGAGAUGGUCAACAGUUCGAGGCAAGAACGCAGAAUCAAGAAGAUUUCACUCACAUCAGUGGUGAACGUUACGCCAAGAAGAUACCGGCUGACAACAAAAUCUUGCAAGGAGACGGUCAACAGUUCGAGGCAAGAACCCAGAACCAAGAAGAUUUCACACUUGUGAGCGGAGAACGUUACGCCAAGAAAGUGCCAGCUGACAACAAAAUCUUGCAAGGAGAUGGUCAACAGUUCGAGGCAAGAACGCAGAAUCAAGAAGAUUUCACUCACAUCAGUGGUGAACGUUACGCCAAGAAGGUGCCAGCUGACAAUAAAUUCUUGCAAGGAGACGGUCAACAGUUCGAGGCAAGAACCCAGAACCAAGAAGAUUUCACUCACAUCAGUGGAGAACGUUACGCCAAGAAGAUACCGGCUGACAACAAAAUCUUGCAAGGAGACGGUCAACAGUUCGAGGCAAGAACCCAGAACCAAGAAGAUUUCACUCACAUCAGUGGAGAACGUUACGCCAAGAAGAUACCGGCUGACAACAAAAUCUUGCAAGGAGACGGUCAACAGUUCGAGGCAAGAACGCAGAAUCAAGAAGAUUUCACUCACAUCAGUGGUGAACGUUACGCCAAGAAGGUGCCAGCUGACAAUAAAUUCUUGCAAGGAGACGGUCAACAGUUCGAGGCAAGAACGCAGAAUCAAGAAGAUUUCACUCACAUCAGUGGUGAACGUUACGCCAAGAAGGUGCCAGCUGACAAUAAAUUCUUGCAAGGAGACGGUCAACAGUUCGAGGCAAGAACCCAGAACCAAGAAGAUUUCACUCACAUCAGUGGAGAACGUUACGCCAAGAAGAUACCGGCUGACAACAAAAUCUUGCAAGGAGACGGUCAACAGUUCGAGGCAAGAACCCAGAACCAAGAAGAUUUCACAUUUGUGAGCGGAGAACGUUACGCCAAGAAAGUGCCAGCUGACAACAAAAUCUUGCAAGGAGACGGUCAACAGUUCGAGGCAAGAACCCAGAACCAAGAAGAUUUCACAUUUGUGAGCGGAGAACGUUACGCCAAGAAAGUGCCAGCUGACAACAAAAUCUUGCAAGGAGAUGGUCAACAGUUCGAGGCAAGAACGCAGAAUCAAGAAGAUUUCACUCACAUCAGUGGAGAACGUUACGCCAAGAAAGUGCCAGCUGACAAUAAAAUCUUGCAAGGAGACGGUCAACAGUUCGAGGCAAGAACCCAGAACCAAGAAGAUUUCACACUUAUGAGCGGAGAACGUUACGCCAAGAAAGUGCCAGCUGACAACAAAAUCUUGCAAGGAGAUGGUCAACAGUUCGAGGCAAGAACGCAGAAUCAAGAAGAUUUCACUCACAUCAGUGGAGAACGUUACGCCAAGAAAGUGCCAGCUGACAAUAAAAUCUUGCAAGGAGACGGUCAACAGUUCGAGGCAAGAACCCAGAACCAAGAAGAUUUCACACUUGUGAGCGGAGAACGUUACGCCAAGAAAGUGCCAGCUGACAACAAAAUCUUGCAAGGAGAUGGUCAACAGUUCGAGGCAAGAACGCAGAAUCAAGAAGAUUUCACUCACAUCAGUGGUGAACGUUACGCCAAGAAGAUACCGGCUGACAAUAAAAUCUUGCAAGGAGACGAUCAACAGUUCGAGGCAAGAACCCAGAACCAAGAAGAUUUCACAUUUGUGAGCGGAGAACGUUACGCCAAGAAAGUGCCAGCUGACAACAAAAUCUUGCAAGGAGACGGUCAACAGUUCGAGGCAAGAACCCAGAAUCAAGAAGAUUUCACUCACAUCAGUGGAGAACGUUACGCCAAGAAGAUACCGGCUGACAACAAAAUCUUGCAAGGAGAUGGUCAACAGUUCGAAGCUAGAACGCAGAAUCAAGAAGAUUUCACUCACAUCAGUGGAGAACGUUACGCCAAGAAGGUGCCAGCUGACAACAAAAUCUUGCAAGGAGACGGUCAACAGUUCGAGGCAAGAACCCAGAACCAAGAAGAUUUCACACUUGUGAGCGGAGAACGUUACGCCAAGAAAGUGCCAGCUGACAACAAAAUCUUGCAAGGAGAUGGUCAACAGUUCGAGGCAAAAACGCAGAAUCAAGAAGAUUUCACUCACAUCAGUGGUGAACGUUACGCCAAGAAGAUACCGGCUGACAACAAAAUUUUGCAAGGAGAUGGUCAACAGUUCGAAGCUAGAACGCAGAAUCAAGAAGAUUUCACUCACAUCAGUGGUGAACGUUACGCCAAGAAGAUACCGGCUGACAACAAAAUUUUGCAAGGAGAUGGUCAACAGUUCGAAGCUAGAACGCAGAAUCAAGAAGAUUUCACUCACAUCAGUGGAGAACGAUACGCCAAGAAAGUGCCAGCUGACAACAAAAUCUUGCAAGGAGAUGGUCAACAGUUCGAGGCAAAAACGCAGAAUCAAGAAGAUUUCACUCACAUCAGUGGUGAACGUUACGCCAAGAAGAUACCGGCUGACAACAAAAUUUUGCAAGGAGACGGUCAACAGUUCGAGGCAAGAACCCAGAACCAAGAAGAUUUCACACUUGUGAGCGGAGAACGUUACGCCAAGAAAGUGCCAGCUGACAACAAAAUCUUGCAAGGAGAUGGUCAACAGUUCGAGGCAAAAACGCAGAAUCAAGAAGAUUUCACUCACAUCAGUGGUGAACGUUACGCCAAGAAGAUACCGGCUGACAACAAAAUUUUGCAAGGAGAUGGUCAACAGUUCGAAGCUAGAACGCAGAAUCAAGAAGAUUUCACUCACAUCAGUGGUGAACGUUACGCCAAGAAGAUACCGGCUGACAACAAAAUUUUGCAAGGAGAUGGUCAACAGUUCGAAGCUAGAACGCAGAAUCAAGAAGAUUUCACUCACAUCAGUGGAGAACGAUACGCCAAGAAAGUGCCAGCUGACAACAAAAUCUUGCAAGGAGAUGGUCAACAGUUCGAGGCAAAAACGCAGAAUCAAGAAGAUUUCACUCACAUCAGUGGUGAACGUUACGCCAAGAAGAUACCGGCUGACAACAAAAUCUUGCAAGGAGAUGGUCAACAGUUCGAGGCAAGAACGCAGAACCAAGAAGAUUUCACUCACAUCAGUGGUGAACGUUACGCCAAGAAGAUACCGGCUGACAACAAAAUUUUGCAAGGAGAUGGUCAACAGUUCGAAGCUAGAACGCAGAAUCAAGAAGAUUUCACUCACAUCAGUGGAGAACGUUACGCCAAGAAAGUGCCAGCUGACAACAAAAUCUUGCAAGGAGAUGGUCAACAGUUCGAAGCUAGAACGCAGAAUCAAGAAGAUUUCACUCACAUCAGUGGAGAACGUUACGCCAAGAAAGUGCCAGCUGACAACAAAAUUUUGCAAGGAGAUGGUCAACAGUUCGAAGCUAGAACGCAGAAUCAAGAAGAUUUCACUCACAUCAGUGGUGAACGUUACGCCAAGAAGAUACCGGCUGACAACAAAAUUUUGCAAGGAGAUGGUCAACAGUUCGAAGCUAGAACGCAGAAUCAAGAAGAUUUCACUCACAUCAGUGGAGAACGUUACGCCAAGAAAGUGCCAGCUGACAACAAAAUUUUGCAAGGAGAUGGUCAACAGUUCGAAGCUAGAACGCAGAAUCAAGAAGAUUUCACUCACAUCAGUGGAGAACGUUACGCCAAGAAAGUGCCAGCUGACAACAAAAUUUUGCAAGGAGAUGGUCAACAGUUCGAAGCUAGAACGCAGAAUCAAGAAGAUUUCACUCACAUCAGUGGAGAACGUUACGCCAAGAAGAUACCGGCUGACAACAAAAUCUUGCAAGGAGAUGGUCAACAGUUCGAGGCAAGAACCCAGAACCGAGAAGAUUUCACACUUGUGAGCGGAGAACGUUACGCCAAGAAAGUGCCAGCUGACAACAAAAUCUUGCAAGGAGACGGUCAACAGUUCGAGGCAAGAACCCAGAAUCAAGAAGAUUUCACUCACAUCAGUGGAGAACGUUACGCCAAGAAGAUACCGGCUGACAACAAAAUCUUGCAAGGAGAUGGUCAACAGUUCGAAGCUAGAACGCAGAAUCAAGAAGAUUUCACUCACAUCAGUGGAGAACGUUACGCCAAGAAGAUACCGGCUGACAACAAAAUCUUGCAAGGAGAUGGUCAACAGUUCGAAGCUAGAACGCAGAAUCAAGAAGAUUUCACUCACAUCAGUGGAGAACGUUACGCCAAGAAGAUACCGGCUGACAACAAAAUCUUGCAAGGAGAUGGUCAACAGUUCGAAGCUAGAACGCAGAAUCAAGAAGAUUUCACUCACAUCAGUGGAGAACGUUACGCCAAGAAGGUGCCAGCUGACAACAAAAUCUUGCAAGGAGACGGUCAACAGUUCGAGGCAAGAACCCAGAACCAAGAAGAUUUCACAUUUGUGAGCGGAGAACGUUACGCCAAGAAAGUGCCAGCUGACAACAAAAUCUUGCAAGGAGACGGUCAACAGUUCGAGGCAAGAACCCAGAACCAAGAAGAUUUCACAUUUGUGAGCGGAGAACGUUACGCCAAGAAAGUGCCAGCUGACAACAAAAUCUUGCAAGGAGAUGGUCAGCAGUUCGAAGCUAGAACGCAGAAUCAAGAAGAUUUCACUCACAUCAGUGGAGAACGUUACGCCAAGAAGGUGCCAGCUGACAACAAAAUCUUGCAAGGAGAUGGUCAACAGUUCGAAGCUAGAACGCAGAAUCAAGAAGAUUUCACUCACAUCAGUGGAGAACGUUACGCCAAGAAGAUACCGGCUGACAACAAAAUCUUGCAAGGAGAUGGUCAACAGUUCGAAGCUAGAACGCAGAAUCAAGAAGAUUUCACUCACAUCAGUGGAGAACGUUACGCCAAGAAGAUACCGGCUGACAACAAAAUCUUGCAAGGAGAUGGUCAACAGUUCGAAGCUAGAACGCAGAAUCAAGAAGAUUUCACUCCCAUCAGUGGAGAACGUUACGCCAAGAAGGUGCCAGCUGACAACAAAAUCUUGCAAGGAGAUGGUCAACAGUUCGAAGCUAGAACGCAGAAUCAAGAAGAUUUCACUCACAUCAGUGGAGAACGUUACGCCAAGAAGAUACCGGCUGACAACAAAAUCUUGCAAGGAGAUGGUCAACAGUUCGAAGCUAGAACGCAGAAUCAAGAAGAUUUCACUCACAUCAGUGGAGAACGUUACGCCAAGAAGGUGCCAGCUGACAACAAAAUCUUGCAAGGAGACGGUCAACAGUUCGAGGCAAGAACCCAGAACCAAGAAGAUUUCACAUUUGUGAGCGGAGAACGUUACGCCAAGAAAGUGCCAGCUGACAACAAAAUCUUGCAAGGAGAUGGUCAGCAGUUCGAAGCUAGAACGCAGAAUCAAGAAGAUUUCACUCACAUCAGUGGAGAACGUUACGCCAAGAAGGUGCCAGCUGACAACAAAAUCUUGCAAGGAGAUGGUCAGCAGUUCGAGGCAAGAACCCAGAACCAAGAAGAUUUCACUCACAUCAGUGGAGAACGUUACGCCAAGAAGGUGCCAGCUGACAACAAAAUCUUGCAAGGAGAUGGUCAGCAGUUCGAGGCAAGAACCCAGAACCAAGAAGAUUUCACUCACAUCAGUGGAGAACGUUACGCCAAGAAGAUACCGGCUGACAACAAAAUCUUGCAAGGAGAUGGUCAACAGUUCGAAGCUAGAACGCAGAAUCAAGAAGAUUUCACUCACAUCAGUGGAGAACGUUACGCCAAGAAGGUGCCAGCUGACAACAAAAUCUUGCAAGGAGAUGGUCAGCAGUUCGAAGCUAGAACGCAGAACCAAGAAGAUUUCACAUUUGUGAGCGGAGAACGUUACGCCAAGAAAGUGCCAGCUGACAACAAAAUCUUGCAAGGAGAUGGUCAACAGUUCGAAGCUAGAACGCAGAACCAAGAAGAUUUCACAUUUGUGAGCGGAGAACGUUACGCCAAGAAAGUGCCAGCUGACAACAAAAUCUUGCAAGGAGAUGGUCAACAGUUCGAAGCUAGAACGCAGAAUCAAGAAGAUUUCACUCACAUCAGUGGAGAACGUUACGCCAAGAAGGUGCCAGCUGACAACAAAAUCUUGCAAGGAGAUGGUCAGCAGUUCGAAGCUAGAACGCAGAACCAAGAAGAUUUCACAUUUGUGAGCGGAGAACGUUACGCCAAGAAAGUGCCAGCUGACAACAAAAUCUUGCAAGGAGAUGGUCAACAGUUCGAAGCUAGAACGCAGAAUCAAGAAGAUUUCACUCACAUCAGUGGAGAACGUUACGCCAAGAAGGUGCCAGCUGACAACAAAAUCUUGCAAGGAGAUGGUCAACAGUUCGAAGCUAGAACGCAGAAUCAAGAAGAUUUCACUCACAUCAGUGGAGAACGUUACGCCAAGAAGGUGCCAGCUGACAACAAAAUCUUGCAAGGAGAUGGUCAACAGUUCGAAGCUAGAACGCAGAAUCAAGAAGAUUUCACUCACAUCAGUGGAGAACGUUACGCCAAGAAGGUGCCAGCUGACAACAAAAUCUUGCAAGGAGAUGGUCAGCAGUUCGAAGCUAGAACGCAGAAUCAAGAAGAUUUCACUCACAUCAGUGGAGAACGUUACGCCAAGAAAGUGCCAGCUGACAACAAAAUCUUGCAAGGAGAUGGUCAACAGUUCGAAGCUAGAACGCAGAAUCAAGAAGAUUUCACUCACAUCAGUGGAGAACGUUACGCCAAGAAGGUGCCAGCUGACAACAAAAUCUUGCAAGGAGAUGGUCAGCAGUUCGAAGCUAGAACGCAGAACCAAGAAGAUUUCACAUUUGUGAGCGGAGAACGUUACGCCAAGAAAGUGCCAGCUGACAACAAAAUCUUGCAAGGAGAUGGUCAACAGUUCGAAGCUAGAACGCAGAAUCAAGAAGAUUUCACUCACAUCAGUGGAGAACGUUACGCCAAGAAGGUGCCAGCUGACAACAAAAUCUUGCAAGGAGAUGGUCAGCAGUUCGAGGCAAGAACCCAGAACCAAGAAGAUUUCACUCACAUCAGUGGAGAACGUUACGCCAAGAAGAUACCGGCUGACAACAAAAUCUUGCAAGGAGAUGGUCAACAGUUCGAAGCUAGAACGCAGAAUCAAGAAGAUUUCACUCACAACAGUGGAGAACGUUACGCCAAGAAGGUGCCAGCUGACAACAAAAUCUUGCAAGGAGAUGGUCAGCAGUUCGAGGCAAGAACCCAGAACCAAGAAGAUUUCACAUUUGUGAGCGGAGAACGUUACGCCAAGAAAGUGCCAGCUGACAACAAAAUCUUGCAAGGAGAUGGUCAACAGUUCGAAGCUAGAACGCAGAAUCAAGAAGAUUUCACUCACAUCAGUGGAGAACGUUACGCCAAGAAGAUACCGGCUGACAACAAAAUCUUGCAAGGAGAUGGUCAACAGUUCGAAGCUAGAACGCAGAAUCAAGAAGAUUUCACUCACAUCAGUGGAGAACGUUACGCCAAGAAGAUACCGGCUGACAACAAAAUCUUGCAAGGAGAUGGUCAACAGUUCGAAGCUAGAACGCAGAAUCAAGAAGAUUUCACUCACAUCAGUGGAGAACGUUACGCCAAGAAGAUACCGGCUGACAACAAAAUCUUGCAAGGAGAUGGUCAACAGUUCGAGGCAAGAACCCAGAACCAAGAAGAUUUCACAUUUGUGAGCGGAGAACGUUACGCCAAGAAAGUGCCAGCUGACAACAAAAUCUUGCAAGGAGAUGGUCAGCAGUUCGAAGCUAGAACGCAGAAUCAAGAAGAUUUCACUCACAUCAGUGGAGAACGUUACGCCAAGAAGGUGCCAGCUGACAACAAAAUCUUGCAAGGAGAUGGUCAGCAGUUCGAGGCAAGAACCCAGAACCAAGAAGAUUUCACUCACAUCAGUGGAGAACGUUACGCCAAGAAGAUACCGGCUGACAACAAAAUCUUGCAAGGAGAUGGUCAACAGUUCGAAGCUAGAACGCAGAAUCAAGAAGAUUUCACUCACAUCAGUGGAGAACGUUACGCCAAGAAGAUACCGGCUGACAACAAAAUCUUGCAAGGAGAUGGUCAACAGUUCGAGGCAAGAACCCAGAACCAAGAAGAUUUCACAUUUGUGAGCGGAGAACGUUACGCCAAGAAAGUGCCAGCUGACAACAAAAUCUUGCAAGGAGAUGGUCAGCAGUUCGAAGCUAGAACGCAGAAUCAAGAAGAUUUCACUCACAUCAGUGGAGAACGUUACGCCAAGAAGGUGCCAGCUGACAACAAAAUCUUGCAAGGAGAUGGUCAGCAGUUCGAGGCAAGAACCCAGAACCAAGAAGAUUUCACUCACAUCAGUGGAGAACGUUACGCCAAGAAGAUACCGGCUGACAACAAAAUCUUGCAAGGAGAUGGUCAACAGUUCGAAGCUAGAACGCAGAAUCAAGAAGAUUUCACUCACAUCAGUGGAGAACGUUACGCCAAGAAGAUACCGGCUGACAACAAAAUCUUGCAAGGAGAUGGUCAACAGUUCGAGGCAAGAACCCAGAACCAAGAAGAUUUCACAUUUGUGAGCGGAGAACGUUACGCCAAGAAAGUGCCAGCUGACAACAAAAUCUUGCAAGGAGAUGGUCAACAGUUCGAAGCUAGAACGCAGAAUCAAGAAGAUUUCACUCACAUCAGUGGAGAACGUUACGCCAAGAAGAUACCGGCUGACAACAAAAUCUUGCAAGGAGAUGGUCAACAGUUCGAAGCUAGAACGCAGAAUCAAGAAGAUUUCACUCACAUCAGUGGAGAACGUUACGCCAAGAAGAUACCGGCUGACAACAAAAUCUUGCAAGGAGAUGGUCAACAGUUCGAAGCUAGAACGCAGAAUCAAGAAGAUUUCACUCACAUCAGUGGAGAACGUUACGCCAAGAAGGUGCCAGCUGACAACAAAAUCUUGCAAGGAGACGGUCAACAGUUCGAGGCAAGAACCCAGAACCAAGAAGAUUUCACAUUUGUGAGCGGAGAACGUUACGCCAAGAAAGUGCCAGCUGACAACAAAAUCUUGCAAGGAGAUGGUCAACAGUUCGAAGCUAGAACGCAGAAUCAAGAAGAUUUCACUCACAUCAGUGGAGAACGUUACGCCAAGAAGAUACCGGCUGACAACAAAAUCUUGCAAGGAGAUGGUCAACAGUUCGAAGCUAGAACGCAGAAUCAAGAAGAUUUCACUCACAUCAGUGGAGAACGUUACGCCAAGAAGAUACCGGCUGACAACAAAAUCUUGCAAGGAGAUGGUCAACAGUUCGAAGCUAGAACGCAGAAUCAAGAAGAUUUCACUCACAUCAGUGGAGAACGUUACGCCAAGAAGAUACCGGCUGACAACAAAAUCUUGCAAGGAGACGGUCAACAGUUCGAGGCAAGAACCCAGAACCAAGAAGAUUUCACUCACAUCAGUGGUGAACGUUACGCCAAGAAGGUGCCUGCUGACAACAAAAUCUUGCAAGGAGAUGGUCAACAGUUCGAGGCAAUAACCCAGAACCAAGAAGAUUUCACUCACAUCAGUGGUGAACGUUACGCCAAGAAGGUGCCUGCUGACAACAAAAUCUUGCAAGGAGAUGGUCAACAGUUCGAGGCAAGAACCCAGAACCAAGAAGAUUUCACUCACAUCAGUGGUGAACGUUACGCCAAGAAAGUGCCAGCUGACAACAAAAUCUUGCAAGGAGACGGUCAACAGUUCGAGGCAAGAACCCAGAACCAAGAAGAUUUCACGCACAUCUCUGGAGAACGUUACGCCAAGAAGGUGCCUGCUGACAACAAAAUCUUGCAAGGAGAUGGUCAACAGUUCGAGGCAAGAACCCAGAACCAAGAAGAUUUCACUCACAUCAGUGGUGAACGUUACGCCAAGAAGGUGCCUGCUGACAACAAAAUCUUGCAAGGAGAUGGUCAACAGUUCGAGGCAAGAACCCAGAACCAAGAAGAUUUCACGCACAUCUCUGGAGAACGUUACGCCAAGAAGGUGCCUGCUGACAACAAAAUCUUGCAAGGAGAUGGUCAGCAGUUCGAGGCAAGAACCCAGAACCAAGAAGAUUUCACUCACAUCAGUGGUGAACGUUACGCCAAGAAGGUGCCUGCUGACAACAAAAUCUUGCAAGGAGAUGGUCAACAGUUCGAGGCAAGAACCCAGAACCAAGAAGAUUUCACUCACAUCUCUGGAGAACGUUACGCCAAGAAGGUGCCUGCUGACAACAAAAUCUUGCAAGGAGACGGUCAACAGUUCGAGGCAAGAACCCAGAACCAAGAAGAUUUCACUCACAUCAGUGGUGAACGUUACGCCAAGAAGGUGCCUGCUGACAACAAAAUCUUGCAAGGAGAUGGUCAACAGUUCGAGGCAAGAACCCAGAACCAAGAAGAUUUCACUCACAUCAGUGGUGAACGUUACGCCAAGAAGGUGCCUGCUGACAACAAAAUCUUGCAAGGAGAUGGUCAACAGUUCGAGGCAAGAACCCAGAACCAAGAAGAUUUCACUCACAUCUCUGGAGAACGUUACGCCAAGAAGGUGCCUGCUGACAACAAAAUCUUGCAAGGAGACGGUCAACAGUUCGAGGCAAGAACCCAGAACCAAGAAGAUUUCACUCACAUCAGUGGUGAACGUUACGCCAAGAAGGUGCCUGCUGACAACAAAAUCUUGCAAGGAGAUGGUCAACAGUUCGAGGCAAGAACCCAGAACCAAGAAGAUUUCACUCACAUCAGUGGUGAACGUUACGCCAAGAAGGUGCCUGCUGACAACAAAAUCUUGCAAGGAGACGGUCAACAGUUCGAAGCUAGAACCCAGAACCAAGAAGAUUUCACUCACAUCUCUGGAGAACGUUACGCCAAGAAGGUGCCUGCUGACAACAAAAUCUUGCAAGGAGACGGUCAACAGUUCGAAGCAAGAACCCAGAACCAAGAAGAUUUCACUCACAUCAGUGGAGAACGUUACGCCAAGAAGGUGCCUGCUGACAACAAAAUCUUGCAAGGAGACGGUCAACAGUUCGAAGCUAGAACCCAGAACCAAGAAGAUUUCACUCACAGCAGUGGAGAACGUUACGCCAAGAAGAUACCGGCUGACAACAAAAUCUUGCAAGGAGAUGGUCAACAGUUCGAAGCUAGAACGCAGAAUCAAGAAGAUUUCACUCACAUCAGUGGAGAACGUUACGCCAAGAAGAUACCGGCUGACAACAAAAUCUUGCAAGGAGAUGGUCAACAGUUCGAGGCAAGAACCCAGAACCAAGAAGAUUUCACUCACAUCUCUGGAGAACGUUACGCCAAGAAGGUGCCUGCUGACAACAAAAUCUUGCAAGGAGACGGUCAACAGUUCGAAGCAAGAACCCAGAACCAAGAAGAUUUCACUCACAUCUCUGGAGAACGUUACGCCAAGAAGGUGCCUGCUGACAACAAAAUCUUGCAAGGAGAUGGUCAACAGUUGGAGGCAAGAACCCAGAACCAAGAAGAUUUCACUCACAUCAGUGGUGAACGUUACGCCAAGAAGGUGCCUGCUGACAACAAAAUCUUGCAAGGAGACGGUCAACAGUUCGAAGCUAGAACCCAGAACCAAGAAGAUUUCACUCACAUCUCUGGAGAACGUUACGCCAAGAAGAUACCGGCUGACAACAAAAUCUUGCAAGGAGAUGGUCAACAGUUCGAAGCUAGAACGCAGAAUCAAGAAGAUUUCACUCACAUCAGUGGAGAACGUUACGCCAAGAAGAUACCGGCUGACAACAAAAUCUUGCAAGGAGAUGGUCAACAGUUCGAGGCAAGAACCCAGAACCAAGAAGAUUUCACUCACAUCUCUGGAGAACGUUACGCCAAGAAGGUGCCUGCUGACAACAAAAUCUUGCAAGGAGACGGUCAACAGUUCGAAGCAAGAACCCAGAACCAAGAAGAUUUCACUCACAUCUCUGGAGAACGUUACGCCAAGAAGGUGCCUGCUGACAACAAAAUCUUGCAAGGAGAUGGUCAACAGUUGGAGGCAAGAACCCAGAACCAAGAAGAUUUCACUCACAUCAGUGGUGAACGUUACGCCAAGAAGGUGCCUGCUGACAACAAAAUCUUGCAAGGAGACGGUCAACAGUUGGAGGCAAGAACCCAGAACCAAGAAGAUUUCACUCACAUCAGUGGUGAACGUUACGCCAAGAAGGUGCCUGGUGACAACAAAAUCUUGCAAGGAGAUGGUCAACAUUUUGAGGCUAGAACGCAGAACCAAGAUGAUUUUAAAACAGUAAAGAUAUCAAGGAGUGUUAAAAUUGUUCCAGUUCCUCACAAGUUCGAGCAGUCUGAAAAUGCUAAGAUUACUGGAUCAUCGCUCUAUAAAGAUGAUUUCGUUGAUUUCUCCAGUGAUAUAGUUUCACAAAGUGGUAUCAAUCUCGGAAAGCUGAAAUCUUCUGGUGUCUCAGGAGGAGGUCGUUCGCAUGUUUAUGAAACGUCAUCCGUGAUAGAAGAUUCUGAUUCGGGCUUCGAAGGGUAUCAUUUUGUUUCUGGUUCGAAGUUGUCAACUUCUCAUGCUGGCUACUUGUCUCAGGACGCAGGGAGCAGUUAUGAUAUAGAUUUCCAAUACCGUCCUGUACCUUGCAUUGCCGGUGAACUUCUGGAAUCGAUCAGACGUAACCACUCUAACACAUUGCAUUAUGAUUUCAACCAAUGUGAUAGUGGUCAUCACUUCUACAGAGAGAAAACUAUUUUGGAGGAAGAUGAGACCAGUGAAACUAUUAAUGAAACCAUAAAUAAGUAA